CACGGUCAUGGAUGUUGACGGCCUGUUAGGUUGGCAUUUCAAAAUUGAUAUUGUAUUGAAAAAAUGUUUCUGGAUGAGAUAAUAGAAAUGGACGGAUACUUUUGUCCAAAAUUGAUCAGUCGGUGGGACAGUUACAGUAAUUACAGACUUGUUCUAUGGGCAUGGAUGAUGAACGAGUUAACAGUAAUGUUCUGCCCGGUUUCGACAUCACAUAGUGGAUUUUAUGCUCAACUAGCACUGCAAACGCUGGCAGUCGUCUUGGUCGGGAUGCCGCUAGCAUAUUCGGAGAUCUGUUUGGCUCAGUAUACGAAUAGCAAUAUAUUUACCAUGUGGAAUUUCUUCCCACUGUUCCGCAAUGUGGGAUACGGCACAUUAUUUUUGAUUUGGUUGAAAACAAUAUAUUUGCUUGUGUUAACAUCUUGGUAUUUAGUUUACACAUUUUACUCUGCCUUGGACGUCCCGCCCUGGCUUAGUUGCGAUGACUUCGGAGAUACAAAAUGUAUGGUGAAACGGGUAAAUGUUUCUGUUUUCCAACAUUGCCUGGAAGCUCAAAUUUUAUUUGAGGACGAUUGUGGAAUGAAAACUGCGAGCAACUGCUUUUUCGAGCGCGAAAUAGGCGGAAACUCUACAUUGGAACUUGGAUUAUAUUGUCUAGUUCCAUGGAAAACAAUUGUGGCGCUAUUAACAGUAUGCGGAUCAGUUUACGUGUUAUCAAUCAAGAACGAAAAAAUGAUUCAAAUCGUGGUGAAGCUGGCCGCAUUUUACGUUUGUGCAGUGAUACUUAUUUUGUUUUGUGUGGCAUUGUCGACAAGCGGAACGUGGUAUGCUUCCAAAUAUACUAUCAACUGGAAUAAUUAUACAUUUGUCAAUUGUUAUAGGACGAUCACGAGAGGUUUUCUAUCGGUUGGCACUGGAUAUGGUAUUAUAAAUUUCUUAACAAGUGACGUAGCGUUUCGUAGUCCCGCCACAAUGACAGCUAUAAGCACGCCAUUAUUUUCACUAUUUAUAUCAUUUAUGCUAGCACUCAUUUCAUUCAGUGGAAUCAAAACAAUGUCGUAUUAUCACGGAGAAGAAGAAAAUGUUAUAGAAUUAGGAACCAACCCAUUCUUUGCAAUGUUUGCAUCAAUGUCGGAAAUUCUGAGCUAUUUCAAUGGCUUACCAAUUUGGGGGUUUUUGUGGUUUUCAACAGGUUUUUUCUGUCUGUAUAUAAAUUUUUGGAUAUUAUAUUUGUUUUUAAAAGAAUUUUUAGAAAAUAACGAGAUAGUCAGGACAUACACAAAACUUUCUUGUUUGUUACUGUUUAUUUUUAUUAUGAUUUGUACUCUGCCAUUCCUGUGUUCCGACAUUACGGCCAUACUGACAGAUGCAACAGAAUUUAUUCAAGCAAUUAAUUCUUUAUUCUUUUCUAUCGCUUUGUAUUGGUUCUACGGCAUUCAUAAACAUACUGUGGACAUAGUAUUUAUGAUAGGAAUCAAAACGAAUUAUCUCUUAAAAAUAGUUUGGCUUUUGAAUCCGAUUUUCAUAUGUAUUAUUUUGUAUUCUCGUUGGGAAGUAAUAGAAACUUAUGAGUACGAGGAGUCAUAUUACAUUGACGCAAUAUCUAUGACUACUGAUUUGUUAAUAUUUUACAUACUAUUGAGUACUUAUCUCUUUAUUAUAGUGGUUGGAUUGGUGACUCAAAUGUUCCAUUAUAUUAAUUCUAAUAAUUUUCGUGGGCUAUUUAAGGCUAAAAACUCAUGGGGUCCUACAGAUCGAACAUUAUUCCGUAGUAGAAGAAUGUUCGUGCCAGAAAUAAUGACGAGAGAGUUUUUGUAUCGCCAAGUUCGUAUUCGAGGUUACAAUAAACGGAAGGAACAACAUGGAAACGAAAGUAGUGAGAAACAUUCGGGUGAGCUGAUUGAAGAGCAGCUAGACUGGAACGCAAUGAUGUCCACUUAGGCUAUUGAAUUUUCUUUAUU